AUGCAAUACAUCGUCGUCCUCUUCAGCGCGCUCGUCCUAGCGCUCACGGUGCAAACUUCACCGGUCCCGGACAACGAGAGCAUCCUGCCCAGCCCUACUGACAGUGAGGUAUACGGUUUGCGAGCGGGCAUGGUGCGUUCAGGAGCACCCAAAUACCCACUGGCUUCCCCUAAGCACGGAUGCUGGCGGAUCGAAGGAUACCAUGACGGGUACGUGCUGAGGUUCUAUCCGAAAGGAGUCGAGAACGACAGGAAACGGAUCGACGUAUGCCUCUUCACACCCUCUACCAACCCGUACUUCAGCACACCCAUGCUCGUGCGCACGAUCGCGAGCUGCACCUUCAGCGUCUUGAUCUCGAGAAAUAGCAGCGACGGGUUCGGCGAGUAUAUGUUUUCUACAGAUGUAGCGCUCGUUCAUGGGGGUGGCGUUACGAUUGGUAUGAGCGAUAUGACCGUUGAGUUUGUGCUAGUGGAAUGCAAGGAGGGCGACGAGGCAUGCGGAAAGCGCGGGGCGAUCGCGACGUUGAGAAAGAUUGAGUUCGGCAGUCAGGCGAUUGUAUCUUAUGCACCUAUGUAG